GGUGCCGGCGGCCGGUGCCGGCGCGCUGGAGCCGAGCGCGGACGCCCCGAUGCCCCCGAAGCUGCGGCGGCUCCGAGCCGUGCUGCUGCGGCUGCAGCGCGAGCGGGAGCGGCUCCUGCACGCCCGGGACUGCGCCCGCCAGCUCCAGGCGGCCGUGCGCCUCGUCCUGCAGAGCCCGAGCCCCGGCGCGCCGUCCCCCGCGCCCGCCCGCGACCCGCUGGCGCUGCCCUCCCGGGGGCCCGGCCCGGCGCCGCUGCUGCUGGCGCGCCCCGUCGGCCUCGCGGCGCGGCACCUGGAGGCCGCCCUGGAGACCCAGCUCCGGGCGCUGGGCCGGGAGCCCGCCGGGCCCCGCCUGUCGUCCCGCCUCGCCGACGCGCUGGGCGUCCUGCCCGCCUUCCAGCAGCUGCAGGGCCGAACGUCGGGCUGCGUCCCCGGGGCCGCGCGCCCUUUCCCCCCGGCCCGGGUGCUGCGCCUCCUGACGGCCGAGCGGGGCUGCCUGCUGGCCAGCCGGCUGGACCCGGCGCUCCGGACGUCGGGUCUGCGGGACCAGCUCCGGAAAGCGUGCCAGGAGGAGCGGGAGCUGCUGCCGGGGCUGCUGGGCCUGCUGGGGGGCGUGGCGGGCUCGGCCCCCCGCGGCCCGGGGCUGGGCGGGGCGGGUGCCCUCUGGAGCCAGUACUGGGCCCUGCUGUGGGCCGCCUGUGCUCAGAGCCUGUCCCUAAACCUGGGACCCUGGAGGGACCCCAGGGCAGCGACACAGCAGCUGGAUCCGGCGCCGGGGCAGGCACCCCUGCCCGCCGAGUGCGAGAAGGAGCUGGUCUCCCUGGGCCGCAGCCUGUGGCGACAGUCUCUGAUCUGGAACUGGGACCGAGGCUUCUGCCGCGCGCUCGGCUGCUCCCGCGAUGACAGAGCCCUCGCCUCGUCGUCCCACACGUCUGGGCUCUGGCAGCAGCUCUUUUCCCCUCUCUUGGAUGCCCUCCGAGAAGAUGCGACAGGGCUGCCCCUCAGCGCGCCUCCAGCUCCUGCACCCCUUGCCCUGGGGCUGUGCACCCUGCAGGCCACCUUGCUUUGGUUUGGGGGCCGAGCUCAGCAGCAUCUGGCAGCCUGGGCCCCCACUUCCUUCCUGCUUCUGACCCAGAAGGACUUGCCACCUCUGUUGCAGGAGGCAGAAGGCCUGCACCGCCUGGUCUCUGAGGAGAGCUGGGUCCAGGAGCUGGAGUGGCAGCUGGGGCAACUGGCUGCACAGGUCCAGAGACUGGCCACGCACAUCCAGCUAAUGCCUGAAGAGUCUCUCAGUCUGUUUUUUCGGGAGUGUCAGAGGCAAGCUGCACAGGGCUUUGAAAUGUACAUGCCUCGGGGUCGGUACUGGAGGCAUCGGCUCCUGCCAGAACUGCCCAGCAUCCCUAGUGAGUAUGCUGGGCUGGUGGUCCGCACUGUCCUGGAGCCUGUGUUGCAAGGACUGCAGGAAUUGCCAACGCAAGCCCAGGCCCCCACCCUUGGCCAGGCGCUGACUGCCAUCUUGGGUGCCUGGCUCGAUCACAUCCUCACCCAUGAGAUCCGGUUCAGCCUGCAGGGGGCACUGCAGCUCAGACAGGACUUCGGAGUAGUCCGGGAGUUGCUGGAGGAGGAGCGCUGGGGCCUGUCUCCUGAAGUUCGCCAGACGUUGCUCAUGCUGGGCAUCUUCCAGAGGCUGGAUGGGGCCCUGCUGUGCCUGUUGCAGCAGCCACUGCCCAAGGGUCGCAUGCGCAGAAGGCCGUCCUGUUGCUGUGCGUGCAAUGAAGUCCAGACCAUGGAACUGCCCAGCAGUAACCUCAACAGCCUGGAGAACUUGGAGCCCCCUCCUCAGCCCGGAGUGAUCCCGACCCAAACAGCUCAGCUGCUAGGCACACUGUGGGGUGGGGGACAGAGCCCCGAGGCUUACCUAGUGGGGAACCAGGAGGCUUGGCUGGCCCUGAGGCAGAACCAGCGCCCACAAUGGCACUUGCCUUUUCUUUUCUGCCUGGGGAUCAGUCCUGAAACUUAAGGAGCCAGAUCAGGAAUGCCAGCAUACAAGCUCCCAUCUCUGGCUGAGAAAGCGUAGGCAUUUGGGAAAGAGUAUUUUAAAGGUCUCCGUUUAGGACCUGGGAAGGAAGCAUAUCUGAGCGCCACAAGCUACACAGAGCUCAGAUUUAAAAACUAAGCAUCCUAGAUCACUCCAGAGUGUGGAAUCCAGACUAAAGGGCAAACCUCCAGCCUGGAGUACGGUCAGCAUCCCUGGGACACUCAUGCCUAGUUCCUUGUCUGUGAAGAAAUGUUGGGGCUACAGGCUGGGAGGAGGGUGAGAUUCUGGAAGGGCCACGGCAGGGUUGGAGCCUUUGGAGAAGGAGAACAAAAGCAAUAGAAUGCAGAGCGCCUAGAUGCCACUUCCCCUUAAGUCCCAAGAGCCAGGUAGCAUACUUUCCCCAGGGAAGCACAGAGGUGAAAUAGGCAUUUCUGCAUACAGAUCGUUCCCACGGUCCGUCACCUGCACUCCCUCCAGCACUGUUUCGUGUCACUUAAGAAUACUGCGCUGUAGGACCUGCUUCAGGUUUAAGUUUUGGUGCCUGAAGGCUGAUGAGGUUAAAUCUUCAGUUCCCUGAGCAGGGAGCAUCUUAAGAAGGUGCAGACCCGCAUCCGGCACAGAAGGGGCCUCAUUCU